GAAGAAGAGACGAUCAGAUUCACCUUCAGACCAAACUAACAACUUCCUCUGAGUGAGUUCAGCUAAAACUCCAACACUGCUGCUUCAACCUGCUGACACUCCACACACUGAAGCUUCACUCAGAGAUUAAAUGGCUUCCAGAUCAGAGGAGGAUCUCUGCUGUCCGGUCUGUCAGGACGUCUUUAGAGAUCCUGUUAUUCUGUCAUGUAGCCACAGCUUCUGUAAAGACUGUCUGAAGAGAUGGUGGAGACAGAAACAAGAACGUGAGUGUCCAGUUUGUAAGAGAAGAUCUUUGUUUGAACCACCUUGUAACCUGGUGUUAAAGAACCUGUGUGAGGCCUUCUUACAGGAGAGAGAUCAGAGAGCUUCAGAGGCUCUCUGCAGUCUGCACUCUGAGAAACUCAAACUCUUCUGUCUGGACCAUCAGCAGCCAGUUUGUCUCGUCUGCAGAGAUUCAGAAAAACACACCAAGCACAGAUUCAGACCCAUCGAUGAAGCUGCACGACAACACAAGAAGGAAGUUGAGGAAACUCUGGAGCCCUUAAAGGAGAAGUUAAAGGUUUGUGAACAAGUUAAAGUGAAGUGUGAACAAACAGCACAACACAUGAAGGUCCAGGCCCGACGCACAGAGAGGCAGAUUAAGGAGCAGUUUAAGAAGCUUCACCAGUUUCUAGAAGAGGAAGAGGAGGCCAGGAUGGCUGCACUGAGGGAGGAAGAGGAGCAGAAGAGUCAGAUGAUGAAGGAGAAGAUGGAGGCUCUGAGCAGAGAGAUAGCAGCUCUUUCAGACACAGUCAGAGCCACAGAGGACGAGCUGAGAGCUGAAGACGUCUCAUUCCUGCUCAACUACAAGGCUGCAGUGGACAGAGUCCAGCAGCGCCCCCUGCUGGAUGAUCCACAGCUGCUCUCAGGAGCUCUGAUAGACGAGGCCAAACACCUGGGCAACCUGACCUUCAACAUCUGGAACAAGAUGAAGGACAUGGUCUCCUACACUCCUCUGAUUCUGGACCCAAACACUGCUUAUCCAGACCUCAUCCUGUCUGUAGAUCUGACCAGUGUGAGACGAGGACAGAGACAGCAGCUUCCUGAUAAUCCAGAGAGGUUUGAUAAAUACUACUGUGUCCUGGGCUCUGAGGGCUUUAACUCAGGGACUCACAGCUGGGAUGUCGAGGUUGGAGACAGUACAGGCUGGUUACUGGGUGUGUUAGCAGAGUCUGUCCAGAGGAAGGGAGUCAUAAAGUCUGGAUUAUGGGUAAUAGGGUUCCAUGAAGGUAAAUACUCAACACUGUCACUACCAGGUCCACUCACUGAUCUCAGAGUGCAGAAGAAGCUCCAGAGGAUCAGAGUGAAUCUGGACUGGAACAGAGGAAAGCUGUCGUUCUCUGAUCCUGAUACUAACACACACAUACACACUUUCACACACACUUUCACUGAGAGGGUGUUUCCAUUCGUUUACAGUGUUUAUCAACUAAAGAUAUUACCGCUGAAGGUCUGUGUGACAGCGGAACAGAGCAGUUAGAGAUAAAGAGGAUGAUUAUAUUUAUGAUGUUUAUUUCUUCAAGAGAAAAGUCACUGAAUUUAACCUGUUAUGCUGCACCUGUCCUCCUGAUGACU